AUGCUCGGGGCUAGUCCCGGCCCGGCGUUUGAGGGAGCAGCAGCGCCCUCUGCUUUCUGAUUCCGCCUCUGCAGCAGCAGAAGUCGCCCUCCGCUGCCGCUGCUGUAGCAGCCGCCGCGGCUCAGCCUGAGCUGCUCGCUCCAAGGUGGAGGGGGGCCAUCCCACCGGCUCCCAACUUCGGCCUCACGGCUCCCUAGACGCAGUUUACUUCCCCUCGCUCUUGGAAAAUACGGCAGGAAAAGAAAAUUUAAAAAAGAGAGAGCGAAGGCGAGGAAGACCAAAGCCAGUUGAAGAAACUCGAGGAAUAGAAGGGAGAAGUGACUUGCCCAUUGUCCACCAACUGAUUAAAUUAGCAUUGUCCAAGAGGAGGGACGUUUUUAGCCAUGAAUGCCAAAAAGGAUCAAAGAGAAAAAUGUGGAAGCCAAGAUUUACACCCACUGCAUGCCUUUGUGAUGCUAAGUAUAAUUGUGGUGUUACUUCCAGUCAUUGGAACGUCUAAACAAAAUAUUCCAAGACUCAAACUCUCAUACAAAGACUUGCUGCUUUCAAACAGCUGUAUUCCCUUCCUGGGUUCAUCAGAAGGGCUGGAUUUCCAAACCCUGCUGUUAGAUGAGGAGAGGGGCAGGCUGCUGCUUGGAGCAAAGGACCACAUCUUCCUGCUCAGCUUGAUUGACUUAAACAAAAAUUUUAAGAAGAUUUACUGGCCUGCAGCAAAGGAAAGGGUGGAAUUAUGUAAAUUAGCUGGAAAAGAUCCUCAUACAGAGUGUGCAAAUUUCAUCCGAGUACUUCAGUCUUAUAACAGAACUCAUGUUUAUGUAUGUGGGACUGGAGCCUUUCACCCAAUAUGUGGAUACAUUGAUCUUGGAACUCACAAAGAGGAAAUCAUGUUCAAACUGGACACACACAAUCUGGAAUCUGGCAGACUGAAAUGUCCUUUUGAUCCUCAGCAGCCUUUUGCUUCAGUAAUGACAGAUGAGUACCUCUAUGCUGGAACAGCUUCAGACUUUCUCGGCAAAGACACGGCAUUUACACGCUCCCUUGGCCCUACUCACGAUCAUCAUUACAUCAGAACUGACAUUUCAGAACACUAUUGGCUCAAUGGAGCAAAAUUUAUUGGAACUUUUCCCAUACCAGACACAUACAACCAAGAUGAUGAUAAAAUAUAUUUCUUCUUUCGUGAAUCAUCUCAAGAAGGCAGUACCUCUGAUAAAACUAUAUUAUCUCGAGUUGGAAGAGUUUGUAAGAAUGAUGUGGGAGGGCAACGUAGUUUGAUAAACAAAUGGACAACUUUUCUCAAGGCCAGAUUGAUUUGCUCAAUUCCUGGCAAUGAUGGAGCAGACACUCAUUUUGAUGAGCUUCAAGAUAUUUUUUUACUUCCCACAAAAGAUGAAAGAAACCCUGUAGUAUAUGGAGUCUUUACUACAACCAGCUCCAUCUUCAAGGGUUCUGCCGUUUGUGUCUAUAGCAUGGCUGAUAUUAGAGCAGUUUUCAAUGGCCCAUAUGCUCAUAAAGAAAGUGCAGAUCAUCGGUGGGUCCAGUAUGAUGGAAGAAUUCCUUACCCAAGGCCUGGUACAUGUCCAAGCAAAACAUAUGAUCCAUUGAUUAAGUCAACCAGAGAUUUUCCAGAUGAUGUCAUUAGCUUUAUAAAGCGGCAUCCUGUGAUGUAUAAAUCUGUAUACCCUGUGGCGGGAGGACCUACUUUUACUAGAAUUAAUGUGGAUUACAGAUUGACACAGAUUGUGGUGGAUCAUGUUAUUGCAGAAGAUGGCCAAUAUGAUGUAAUGUUUCUAGGAACAGAUAUUGGAACCGUACUGAAAGUUGUCAGCAUUGCAAAGGAGAAGUGGGAUAUGGAAGAGGUAGUACUGGAAGAGCUGCAGGUAUUCAAGAAUCCAUCAUUAAUCUUGAACAUGGAGAUAUCUUUGAAACAACAACAAUUGUACAUUGGUUCCCGGGAUGGAUUGGUUCAGCUCUCUCUGCACAGAUGUGAUACGUAUGGGAAGGCCUGUGCAGACUGUUGCCUUGCCAGAGAUCCCUACUGUGCUUGGGAUGGAAAUGCAUGUUCUCGGUAUGCACCAACUUCCAAAAGGCGAGCUAGGCGGCAAGAUGUAAAAUAUGGAGACCCCAUCACUCAAUGCUGGGACGUAGAAGACAGCAUUAGUCAUGAAACUGCUGAUGAAAAGGUGAUUUUUGGCAUUGAAUUUAAUUCAACCUUUCUGGAAUGUAUUCCUAAAUCCCAGCAAGCAUCUAUUAAGUGGUAUAUCCAGCGAUCUGGAGAAGAACAUCGAGAGGAGCUGAAACCUGAUGAAAGGGUCAUCAAAACUGAAUAUGGGCUGCUGAUUCGCAGUUUGCAGAAGAAGGACUCUGGGAUGUACUACUGCAAGGCCCAGGAGCACACAUUCAUCCACACCAUCGUGAAACUGACUUUGAAUGUCAUAGAGAAUGAACAAAUGGAAAAUACUCAGAAAGCAGAACACGAGGAGGGACGGGGCAAGGAUCUGCUGGCUGAGUCCCGUCUGAGGUACAAAGACUACAUGCAAAUCCUCAGCAGCCCCAACUUCAGCCUGGACCAGUACUGUGAACAGAUGUGGCACCGGGAAAAACGGAGGCAGAGAAACAAAGGGGGCGCUAAAUGGAAGCACGUGCAGGAGAUGAAAAAAAAGCGAAAUCGUCGGCAUCACAAGGACCCAGAGCAGCUUCCUAGAGUUGUAGCCACGUAGUCUUUCCUCUUUAUCUUAAAGCAGUGACACUCUUACCUGCAAAAGAAAAAAAAUACUGUGUUCUAUCCUUCAUACUUGUGCAUAGUCUCUCUUCAAGGAGAUUAGCUAAUGCACAAUAACAGUAACCUGGAUGAAGCUAAAAUGGGAAAUACAGGUGCCUGAGGGGAAUUGAAUAAUUUAAAACCAUUUUGUUCUGAACUGACAUGAUAAAUUCAAGCGUCCAGAAACCCUGAUGAAAUUGGGAGUUUCUUUUUUUAAUGUGGUUUUUUUUUUUCCCUCCUAGCUAGUUUGGUGUUUUAUUUAAUUAGGUCAUAAAGUGAGCUAAGCAGAGGUCCAGUUGAAUCACUGUCACAUUUAUAGUGGUUCAUUUUCCUUGGAUAUCCUUUAAAUAUGUUGGUUUACUGUGCAUCAGUGCUAUGUUGUUGUGAACAAUUCAUUCCACUCUUGAGCUAGCUAUGUCAUGAUGGUGAGUGGAAUGAUUGCACAGCACACAAUCAUUCGCAUUAUCAAUGAGAUCUUCCCAGUGAGUCAGGCACUGCUGGAGCAUAUGUUAGGGAUUUAGGAAGGUGCAUUAAUUCUUCCAGGACACAGAGGUUUCAUUUAGUGCACUGGAGCUCUGAUUUACUAAAUGACAUAAAUAUACCUCCCAGGAUUCCUAGAGAAGAGCCAGGAAGAUAUGUGAUUUUAGAACAUAUGUUUGUGUAUAUAGGGACGGAAUAGUUGAGGAACUGUCAGGACACAAGGUGCUAGCUAUUUAAUAAAAUAAGAGAAUAAAUGUGAAAUAUCAGAUAAAAGAAAAACAUUAAAUUAUCUCCAAUUCUCUAUUGUGUAGGCAUACAAAUGGGAUUUGCAAGACAACAGAGAAAAAUACAACCAUAAAUUUUUGGCUUCAGGGAAUAUCCAUUUCCCCAUAAAAAAAAGAACAAUCACAAAUUAAAUGGGAGAAAUGUAAUGGAGCUUUAUUCACUAGGGCAUAAGUAGUUGCCAAUUUGUAAUCCAUCUGCUAAAAUGAAAUUUAAAGUAAAACAAACUGCCAGCAUGAUACUGAAGAGUACAUCAUCUAGGUGAUUAUGGGAAGGAAGAACACAAAUUUUAUUAACAAACAAUGGGAUUCCAGUGUACAUUUUCCUCCAUUUCUCUAAGCAUUUACCAUUCUCUGCUCAUUAUUUCCACUUAUUGCAACAGUUCUCCCUUUUAUCCCUUCUUUAGGUUAGGUUAUAUUUAAAAGUAAGCAAAUACAAAAAAAUUCAAAAGAUGAUAGUGGAAGAUGAGCUAAAUAUCUGGUGGUUGGCUGAACCAAUGCACAAAAUAAUAAUGAACGGAAAGGGUUAAGAUAACUCUUUGACUUUUUUUUCUUCUACAGUGGCCUUUUGUAUUUGGAAUUAUGUAUUAUAAUUCAAGCAGAAUUGUCCUAAUUUUUCCUUUAUAAUAAAUAAAAUGUCCACGUAUAGAUAAGUAGAAUGAUGUUUGAGAUGAGCAGGUUUUAAUGUUUGCAAAAGCUUUCUUUUAAACUCUCCUUUCUGCUUUCCUUUUUGAAAAUGAAUAUAUGCACAUGACUUUUUGUGCAGGGCAUACUUUUUCCUCUCCUAAUUCACAACCACCCUUAGCCAGCCUUCCUCUGUUUUGCUUUUUCACGCCUUUUUGAGUGUGAAAUGAAAAAUUAGCUACUUCCUUCCAUGGAAUAAGGCUUUGAAUGAAUACCCAAAUGACAGACUUUGCUUCUUUCUCGUACAUUUGACAUAUUUGAAGAGGAAGCCCGUGGGAAAGCUAUAUGAUUUGAGGGCAUCUCAUGAAGACUUGAACCUACAGUCUAUAAUUUUGGCUCUAUGCUCAGGACAUUUUCUCUAUCUCACCAUCAUUUCAGUCCUUGCUGAUCUAUCUCAUAUUUACCAUGCCUUUGUUCAUGCAAAAGUUCACAUAUUGCAUUUUGAUGCAUAUCCUCACAUAUUUAUGGAUGUGUUCAAUGUAGCCUAUUUUUAUAGCCAAACUCAGAAAUAGAAGAAAACCAAAAUAAAUUAUCCCUUAUAGUUACAAAAAAAAACAAAGGUGAUCACAUCAAAGAAUAUCUGUUAACUAAUUUCAUAAGAAGGUUUUUUGUAAUUGAUGAAUUUCUUGUUUCAAGUUCUCAUGAGUCACUUCUAGGCCAAAAGCAAACAUGAUAAUUGAAUUUUUUAGAUAUAUCAAUAUCGUUUAUUGACAACAGUAAUUAAAAUUGUACAUGGCCAUAAGAAAUAUAUCUUUAAAUAUUAAGGUUAAAUAAAUUCAGUUUUUUAGUUAAUUUGGCUUAAUUCAGAAAGAGAAGCUAUCUUAAUCCUUAAAAUCAUAGAAUCUUUAAUUCUGGCUAAAUAUUCAUGAGGGCAUUUUCUCAAAAUGGCCAGAAUGAGAAAUUGUUCAUUAGGAUAUAAGGAAUAAAAAGGUUCCAAAUGUAUUCAUUUCUGGUGGCUAGUCAAAAUACACUGGAAGUGUGAUAAGUAAAAUAUAAAUGCCACAUGAUAUAUAAUCAUCAACUCAUUGUUUAUAGAAACUUUAAGGCUAAUGAGAUGAUCUAUCAAAGAAUACUGAAUUUUGCCAACACUAGUUGGGUUCAAACGUGAUAACAUGUAUAUAUGUAAUAUGUUUAUGUGUGCAUAUAGACAGGUAGAUAUGAUUAAAUGUCUUCACCCUUUGAUUAUCUAAAAAAGGUAUAAAUGAUUUCUUUUAAUACAUAGAACUUAUGGCAGCAAAUAUCCUUUACCACCAAACAUUUCCUUAGAGCUACUAUCAAACAGCUUAACCAAUCAAUCUAUAAUUUUACCUCCUUUUCCUUCUUCUAAAACUUUAGUCCCUGUCAAGCAAUGAAAUAUACAAAUAUGAACGGAAAGGGGAAGAAGCAGCAAUAUCACAAAACUCCACAAUUAAUUGACCAAAAUUAAUGUGGUUUUGAUAUGCCUUUUAAGUAUUCCUCUGAUGCUCAGCAGAGCCUGGGAGGUGGCAAUGAGUUUUCAAAGGGGGUGUCUAAAAUCACACAUUCUUGAAGGUUGGACCAAAUUGGAAAAACUUUGAGUACAAGCUUGGCUGAUGAUGACUUGCAUAUCUGUUGUCUGAGAGUGGCACUGGGCUAAGUUUGGAGAUGAUUAUCAUCAAGGUUAGCCAUAAGGUAUGAGGGGGAGGACUGUAGUAAGUCAUAAGGCAGAAAACUAAGACAAGGAAACAUUCUAAUCUGCAUGGGGAGAGGAGCAUCCCCAUCUAUGAAAUUAUGGACACAAAGUAAAUAUAGACUUCUAAUUUGAAAUUCUAAGAAAUAGUGUUUUUCUAGACCAUAAACUACUUUUGUGUGUGUGAUCACCAUAAUGUUUAUUUUGUAUUCUUCACAAUAAGGCACAUUUCUAGUCAUAGUCAUGGGGUAAUAAAUAAAUAUUUGUAGAUUGGGAAGUAAUUGUAGAAGAGUGUACAUUUCUUUAGUCUCUUCACAAUACCCUCACAACUAGUUGGACAUUUUUUUUUAACUGGUUUACUUACAUUUUCAAAACAAUUCUGGCUUUGUUACUUCCUACUUAUAUUGCCAUGGGAAAUUUCAUCUUUGAGUCUUCUUUUCUUUAUUGGUAAAAUGGACUAGGUGACCUUUAAGGUCCCUAUCAGCUCUGCAUUUAUUAUCCCAUUUGUCCCAGUUCAACUGAAUCUGUUAACCCAAUUUACUGUAUUAAGACACUAAAUUACACACAUACUUAAAGCAAUUCUAACACCUAUUUUCUCUAUAAAAUUUCAUAUUCAAAUCUUCCCAAAUACAAAAAGAAAAAAAGUCUUAAUCUACAACUCUUGUUGUUUUUUAAUGGUAAUUUAAUAUAGUGCUUUCGGAUUUAGAAAGGACAUGUUUCAAAUGAAAGUCAAAGGAGAGGGUGAAUUAUUAGUUCCAUUUUACAGAUGAGUAAAUAGAGACUCAGAAAGGUCUAAGAAGAAACUCAAAUUCUGGUCUUAAAUUCAGGUCUCCUGAUCUCAAGUCCAGUGUCUUCUCUGCUUUACUAUGUCAAACUUCCCUUUCUAGUAAGCAUUCAUUAUCACAGGAUAGCAUGUGACCUUGGGGGAUGCAACUUAAUCUCCAUUCUAGGGAUUUUCAAACUUUUUGGUCUCAAGACCCCUUUCCACCCUUAAAAUUAUUAAGGAUUCUACCAAAGAAUUUUUGUUUAUGUCAUUUAUAUCUGUUGAUAUCUACCAUAUUAGAAAUUGAAAUAUCUUAAUAUUAUUAUAGAAAGUUUUGACUUUCUGUACCUUGCUGAAAUGGUUGGGGUUGGGGUUGGGGUGAGGGUCCCUAGGCUAUACUUUGAGAACUCCCACUCUAUAUCAUUAUCUUCCACAGCAUUGUCCUAGACCCUAGAAGGACAUUUAAUCAAAGUUAAAUAAAGAAAAUCAAUUACAAAAUGUUAAAUGAUGAUAAAAACUUAUUAGAUGCCAAUACCAGUGAGCUGGGCCAUGAGAAUCAUCCAGUCCCAGCUCUAAUACAUGCUACCAUUUUACUAUUUUAGGUUAAUAAGCUAAGGACCUAAUUGUGUUGUAAACACAAUAGUUAGGAGUAAACAACUACCAUAGAAUCUUGAUUCCCAUCUGGUGCUAUGCUGGCAAUAAAAGAAGCACAGGAUUGUUUGGGGCUCCUAUCCAAUGUGGUGUGUUUAUGUCCAUGUUAGAUCUCACAGCAGUAUUAUCAACAUACUCUAUUUUAAAUAUUGACUAUAGACUCUCACAAGGACCCUGAAGAUAGUUUUAAUAUGCAAGAGAAGGACUAUUUGUGUUUUUCUGUGUAGAUUACACAUAUGUUUAGCAUUUGGGACAAUGUAAAUCUCAAAUAGAAGCUGCUGAAAAAUAUUUCAGGUCCAAGUGAUUAUUUAGUAAGAUAAUGUAAAACAUAACAGAUAUUUAGUAGGUCAUGAAACAAAACCAAUGCUUCUUGUAAAUUGGGAAAUCUGUAAAAGCCUUAAGUCAUGUGACAUUUUAAAUAAGCACUCAUGUAGAUAUCUUCAGUCAGUAAGUAAUAUUCACAAAAUGUAAUAAGUAUAUGUUGUAAAUUAUUUUAGGUCACACUAUAUUGGCAAAAGUGAAUAAAUUAUUGAAGGUGAAAUGCAUAUCAAUGAUGAGAUUUCAAAAUUAAAAUGCCAUUUGCCCUUAUUUUUGUGUAAUAUUGAAAUAAGUAAAAAAUUUUAAUAAGAGCCCUUGGGUUUUUUGCUUCGUGAAUUUAACAUGUUCCAGGUAAUUUUUAUAACAUUUGAGAGCCAUUAGUUAAUAAUUCCAAAAACUGCAUAUCAGCAAAAACAUUUCUCUUUUCUUAGACAAGGGCCAUGCAAGCAUAUCUAGAUUCAUUGUUGGAGUUUCAUACUUUCCCCCUUGUACUUUCCUGCUUUUACAUUUUCUUGCUUCUCUUAUUCACAUAACUUAUGCUGCUAAGUGGCAUCUUGCCCAAGACUUUUUAGAAUCAGUGUGCACUCAAUUUAGGGAAUUUUAUAAAGACAGCUCAGAAAAGACACUGUCAGGAUUUGAAUUUAUGUGGUACUUUUGUUCUGAGAAACUCAAAGCACAAUGCUUAACACAAUUUUAAAACAUUCCUGAUAAGUAGCCAGAAUUGUCUUUAAGAUGGGUAAGCCAUGAUACAAAGAUUGAGGGAUCCGACACAGUUACAUCAUUUGUGCCAGAGUUAAGACAUCUGGCUAUUUGCUAAAUAAUAUAGACUAUAAGGACUUGCCUCAUAAGUCUCUCCUGGAGCCCUUAAAAGUGUGUCCCAUAAGGCAUUGCAGGCUUAAUAUUUAGUAAUUUAUUAGGGACAUAACUUUAAAGAUAACACUUUGUAAAUGCCCUUUUAUCCAUCAUCAAAAAUAAACUAUUCAACAUCUAUUAAUGCCAUUUGACUCAUCAAAAUAACACAUUAAUAAAGCAUUUUGAUGUUUACAAAGUAUGAAAGAAAUUGAAACACAAUUACUAGACCAGAUUUCUAAUGCUUAAAUAAUAUUUGAGGUAUCACAAUAAAGUCACAUUUAUGCUUAAAUGACACUGCCAUUCAACUGUUCAAUUUUCAUGGGCAAAGAUGGUUUUCCCUCCAUUCCAAUAAAUUACUAAAACACAUGUAUGUUUUGGUAUUGUACAUUUCUGGUUUUUUUCUCCUUGGGGUACAUGCCUGGUAAUGGGUCCUCCAGGUCAAAAGUCAUUAGAUACUUUUUUCUUUUUUUAGCGUGGUCCCAAGGUAUAUUUUGAUGGAGAGAAAGAAAAUGUUUUAAGUUUCUCUGAUUCCAUUUUGGAACAAAUCACAGACAAAAAAGAAAGUCAGAAAACAAAAGGAAUACCUCAUAUGUGAUGUCUUUUGUAGGAAUAAAUAUUUAUAGAACAAUUUGAGGUAAAUAUUUGCUGGGGGAGGGUCUAGGAUCUGUAAGUUAUAACUAAUCAUGUAACAUAAUUCCUGCAUUUUAAGUGGUUUACAAUGUUUUGUACUUUUGCUAUCUUAACAAAAUGCAAAUCUUGUAGUCUUAAAAAGAAUCAAAACUGUUGGAUAUCAAUUUUGGUUGUAUCAUAAUAA